AUGGGUAAUUGCAAAUCAGCUAACACUAUAGAUGUAUCAUGUAAUCAUAAUAAACCACAUAUUGCAAUAUGUCUAGGUUAGGCAUGUACAAGAGAUGAAGGAGAUAGAAGAUUAUGUGAGGAAUGUUUGGUUGAUCAUAUGUGUAAUGAUCGUAUUACAAUUGAUGAUGGUAAAUUGUGAUUUUAUAUUUUAAAAGCAAUAAAAUAUGAUAGUUAUGGAAUAUAGGAAAUAGUAGAGAAAUUUGAUAGAGAUUAAAAUUCACCUAAUGCAACUGGUGGAUUAACUUAAACAUUAGCAAAUUUUAAAAAUAAUUUCUUUGAGAGCUUUAAAUCAUAUCAAGGAUAUUAUGAUGUUUAUUUGAAUCAAUAUCUUCUUUAAGGAAUACCUGAUGCAGAAGUAUUUGGAGAAGCUGCAAGUUAAAUAGUGGAGGCAUUUGAAAAAAAUGAUUUAGGUUAUAUCUAAAAAUAAGGAUGUUAAAUAUUACUCAAUACUUACAAUAAUCCAUAAUUAAUUAAAUAGAUAAUUAGUAAUUUAGAUUCAGCAUCAAGAAAAAUUUCAAUUUAUUAGAAUUAAGUUGAAUAGAAAAUAAAAAGAUUAUAAGAUUAAUUAUUUAAAGAACUUAUCUCUUUACCAUAUAAUGUUUCUAAAUAAUUUAAUGGUUCCAUUUUAAAUAUUGAUCCUAGAACUUAUUCAUAUGAAUUUUCAGCAUAUUUGACAACUAUAGAUACAAAUAGAACUAGUGGUUCAUUAAUUUAAUUGAAUUGCUAUGAUCAUAAUCAAAAAAUUUAAGUAAUUUGUUGUGAUAGAUGUCCAAAUAAAGAUAAUAGAUUAUGUGGAUAAUGUUUAAUUACACAUAAAUGUAAUGCUGGAUAAAGAAUUAAAUUAAAAUCAUUUAGUUAAGAUUAAGCUGCAAUAAUUGAAGCAGCUAUGAAAUAUUAAAAGAAAGUUAUUAUAUUAAUUAUAUAUUUAUAGAAAUAAGAGAUAUAGGAUGCUAAAUCUAAAGUGAAAUCAAUAUUUGAAGAAUUUAUGAGAUAGGCUAUUAAAGAAAUAGAAUUAUUGGGAUAAAAUUCUAAAAGAAUGAUGUGUGAAUCUUAAUUAGAUGGGAUUGAUUCUUAGAUUAAAUUAGAAUUACCAGCUUAUGUAAAUAAAUUAAAACUAGUACAUAUUAUUAUUUUAUUAGUGGUAUUUGCUAAUCGAAGUAUGGUGAGUUUAGAUUAAAGAGGAGUAGCAAUAAUUGCAUAUUUGAUUAGACAUCCUGAAAUUAAAAAUUAAUUGAUUAGUUUUGAUGCAACAAAUAAUGCAGUUUAAUACUUAAAUAAAUUAGUUAUAUAAUUAGAAGAUGUUUCAAAAAGAUUUUUAUAAAACAUAUCAUAAAUUGAAGAUAGUAUAUCAUAUAUAUAUAUAUAUUUAUAGUUGCA